AUGAGCUCGUGGAGGAGGGUGACGAACCGGUGUAACGCGCGGGUUCCUCACGGGGAGAUAGUGUCACAACUUAAAUUUCCUUUCUUUGCAGAAUCAUAAAAAUAAAAAGACCAACAAACUCCAGAGUGCGUUCGCCAACCGCGUGCGCUCCGCGUGAUGAGCGUGAGUUUGGAAUAUUCGUACCCCAGAAAGCGCGAGACCAUGGAUAGUUUGGAGAGGCAGCUGAUAUGCCCCAUCUGCCUCGAGAUCUUCACCAAACCGGUGGUAAUCUUACCGUGCCAGCACAACCUCUGCCGCAAAUGUGCCAAUGACAUCUUUCAGGCCUCAAACCCCUACUUGCCUACGCGGGGAGUCUCUUCAGUGGGCUCUGGCGGCCGGUUCCGCUGCCCAUCCUGUAGACAUGAAGUGGUUCUGGACAGGCAUGGCGUGUAUGGCCUGCAGAGGAACCUGUUGGUGGAGAACAUCAUAGAUAUGUACAAACAGGAAACCAGCAGCAGCAGCAAGCCAGAGCCAGAUGUGAAGAAUGAUGUGUUGAUGUGCGAGGAGCAUCAGGAUGAGAAGAUUAAUGUAUACUGUGUGACCUGCUCUGUUCCCACUUGUUCGUUAUGUAAAGUGUUUGGGAGUCAUCAAACCUGUGAAGUUGCUCCGCUCAAAUCUGUCUUUGAGACACAGAAAGCAGAGUUGUCUGAUGGUGUUGCUUUGUUGGUUGGAAACAAUGACAGAAUUCAGGGCAUCAUCAGUCAGCUGGAGGAGAGCUGUAAAGUCGUGGAGGAGAAUGGCCGUAGACAGAAGUCUCGUGUAUGUGAGUGGUUUGAUCGCCUGUACGCUUUGGUGGAGGAUCGCAGAGGAGAACUCGCACUGAAGAUCACCGCAGAACAACAGGAGAAACUUGAUUACAUCAAUGGCCUACAGCGCAGGUACAAAGAUCACCUGGAUAAUGCAGCCAAACUAGUGGAGACAGGAAUUCAGACUAUGGAGGAGUCUGAGAUGGCCAUCUUUCUGCAGAAUGCAAAGCCACUCCUACAAAAGAUAGCAGAAGGCAGAAAUGUGUCUCAUUUGGAAAAGGUGGAGCAUGGAUAUGAGAAUAUGGAUCAUUUUACAGCAAACUUCCAACAUGAAAGAAGAGCAAUACUCAGCAUAGACUAUAUCAGGGAUGGUGACGACGAUGAUGAUGAUGAUGAUGAUGAUGAUGAUGAUGAUGAAUUAGCAGGUGAUACUGUUAGCCCUGACAUUCAAACAUCUUCAGGAGUUACGCCAACCCCUUCCCCGCAGAGACAAAUUCCUAUGCCAAACUCUCCUCUUAUGGCAGCGGACUCCUCCCAGAUGUCAUCAAAACCCAACCAAUCAAUAAAUAUCACACCAGCAGAGAACAUGCCCUCUGCCACACCUACUCCAGACUCCAGUCACAGCCCUUCCACAGAUGUUUCUGCUCAGUGAGAGUCGGGGGAGAUAAAAGAUGGCCCAGUCCAGAGAGAGUUAAAUACAGACCUGAGACUACAUGUCUGUUACCAGAGUGUUUAUAUAGAGUGUUGUGCUGAAAAGUGGACCUGUCUUAUCUUUUAUGCUGCAAAGCAGACUUUUGGUUGAGUGUGAAGCUGCAAAGCGAUUAUUUUUGUUAAUAAAACUCUGACUUACGUGGACUGUGAAUACCGGCACCCACUUCCUCCUUUGAUCCAAAUACAAACCUUUGCUACAACGUGUUAACAUGAUUUUAGUGUUAUAAUCAUUUUAGAAAAUUAUAAGCUUCACAUUUUUGCCUUUAAACACUCCAAAAAUUGGCCCCAUUCACUUCCAUUGUAACUGCCUCACUGUAACCUCAAUUUUUCUUUUCGUAAAGAAAAGGACAGAUGAUUAAUUUAAUUUAAAAUAUUUUUUUUAGUACUCAACAUUAUGCCACAAAUGCUGUUGACUAAACUUGUACUGAACCUGGAAUAUAGGAAUGGGCCAAAAUUUCAGCAACUUAUUGUGAGAAGCUUGUGGAAGGCUACCCAAAACGUUUGACCAAAGUUAAACAAUUUAAAGGCAAUGCUACCAAAUACUAACAAAGUGUGUGUAAACUUCUGACCCACUGGGAAUGUGAUGAAAGAAAUAAAAGCUGAAAUAAUUCAUUCUCACUACAA